GCAAGUUCUCUGGCAAAUACAAGCUCGCAUCUCCAGUUUGGCAGGGGGCCUGAAGCUCAAGGGCAGCUGUAUUCUCUUCCUUUAGGCUUUGGAAGAGUUUGUCCUGCUGCGAGUCAACCUUACGCUUCUACAGGAGUCCAUGGGGGGCCUGAAGCUCUAGGGCAGCUGCAUUGGCCUUUGAAAGAGCUCGUCCUGCUGCAAGUCAUCCUUACCCAUCUGCAGGAGUCCAUAGAUGAUAAGAUAAUGCAGAAGUGCCUUCAUGGGGCGGCGCCUGAUGUGGGUUUUGAUAAACUUCUCUCCCUUAAAGAACUUGCUGAUGCCUCCAAUGGAUAUGUCAUUAACAACAACUGUGUAUUUGGAGUGGAGGUCUUUGUUCGUAAAGAAAGAAGAGCAGGCAACGGAAGGUCCAUAUCAAUGACCAAGAAUGCUGCGAAGUACACGCAUGUUUGUAAGAUUGAGAAAUUUUCAAUGUUAAAAGAUGAAUAUUAUUGCUCCAAACCAUUCACCGCAGCGAACCAGGGAUGGCAGAUAAUGAUAUAUCCCAAGGGAAAUAGUACUUCAAAGGGUACUCAUUUUGCACCUUACUUAACAUUGGCUGAUGCAGAAAAGCUACAUCCUCGAACCCAAAUCCUUACAAAGUUUAUCUUGCGCAUUGUAGAUCAAAUGCAUCUCAAGCAUCAUUGUUGUCUACCAGGUACUACUUGGUUCAGCGCUUCCCAAAGGAGCUGGGGUUGGUCCUCAUUCGUCACACUGGCCAUUUUGAAUGAGGCAGACAAGGGGUUUUUGAUGAACAAUUCUUGCAUAGUGGAGGCAGACAUCACCGUCCUUGCAAUUGCUAAAGCAUUAUAGUCAGCUUGCCGUAAAACUAAACUCGAUCCGGGGAUGUAUUCAUGCUAUUAUUUUGAUGGCAUUGUUCAAUUUUAUCACGCACAGUUUGAACCAUGAGGUUUCCAGAUCAUAUUCAAAUUCACCUCCAGCUCAUUAAAAGGUCGUACCCAGUGUACAAGGCUCCCGCUUUAAGCAGGGUCUGGGAGAGGUGAAUGUCGGCUAGCCUUACCCCCAUUUAUGGAGAGGCUGCUCCCAAGUCUCGAACCCGAGACCUACCGCUCAUGGGCGAAGGCACUUGCCAUCGCACAUUAAAAAAAUAAAGUAGUUUUCAGUGCUAAAGAAACAUUCAGCACAUGGACAUCAAUCAACGGAAUUUGAAGUUGGAGGAUGCAAAUGGAAACUGGCGCUCUACCCAAAUGGAAACAAGAAGAAGAAUGUGAAAGACUUCAUCUCUGUCUACUUGGAAAUGGCUGGGGUAAAAUCACUUCGGGCUGGUUGGGAAGUAUAUGUUGAUUUGAGAGUGUUUUUGCUU